ACGCCUUGCUGUCAAUUUUCCACUUACACGUACGCUGGUAUCCCACGUUCCCGUUUUCCCACAACGUUUAUAACUAAAGGUACAUUUUUUUAGUUUAAAACUACAUUGUCUGUGUUAAAAUGUCGUCAUCGGAGUCAGACUCCAAAGAUGUCACCGAAGAUAGCGACGAGGGACAAAUAUAUCAAUUGAUUUAUGACAUGAUCAUCAGAGAUGACAAGGAGGAGGAAAAGGACGAGGUUCAAAUCCCUUCCAGCUGUGAGAACACACCGGUGCAUCUGAAAACUGAUGCUGAAUGGAGCGCACAUGCAUCUGCGGUGUGCUCUAACAGGCCUUUUAGUAAUGGCUCAGAGGACGAAGCAACACACAACACCACCCACACAAGACAAAUGGACCAGGAAGCUGGUAAUCCAAAGGGACUAGACACAUUGGACAAUAUCCCGGGAAUCCCAGUACCAACGGCUUCAGAGGACAAGCCAUGGCGGAAAGCUGGUGCUGACAUCUCAGAUUACUUUAACUUUGGUUUUGAUGAAGAGAGCUGGAACAUCUACUCUAAGAAACAGUCCAAAAUCCGUAAAGCUAAUAGAAAACUAUACACUAAAAUCAUGGGCCAGAAGGAAAAGGAGGCUUCUCCUGCUCCUCCUCCGUCAGGCACCCCCUCUACUGUACUAACUUCCAGACAGCCAAAUGCUACCAAUAAUGCAAAUAAAGGACGAAGGAGAUCCAGAGUACGAAGACGCCGACGCCUCAGUGAUGGAGAAAAACAUUCUCAGGUGACUACUGAGAGGUCCCCCAAGGAGGAUAGAUUUACUUCUUAUCCGUCCUCUCCAUCAAACUUCAAUACUCUAUUUGCAUAUGUCCCUCCACCACCUUUCCUUUUCCAACCAGGACCCCUGUCUGCCUCCCUGCUUGCUGCUUUGGAUGGUGGAUCCUCCAAAGGCUUUGAUGACCCCUCAACUUCAGGGCAGCCAUGUUCAUCAGGUGUAUCAUCGUUAAUCCCAAGGAGUACGUCCUCCAAAGCUGGAGGGAUUGACACUGCCACGGAAUGCUACAAACGGAAGGAAAAGCGUGACAAGGACAGAUACAAAUCCAGAGAGCACGGCCGUUAUGAAGACAUUACUAGAGGCAGAAAUAGGGACAGGGUGAGCUGUUCCUCUUCACACAGUGCUGAGGAGCGAACACGGCACAGGGACACUACGGAGCAAGGGCACGGACGCCACAGUUUAGGGGAAAAGGAAGAACGGCACGGAGAGAGGAGGCACAGAGACGACAGCGAAGGAUGGCAAAAAUCAUCACGCAGCAGCAGCAGCAGGAGUAGGAGGGCCAGAGGUGAGGACAGAGACAGUCAGAGUAGACACAAACACAGGAAGGCCAAAAGAAAUAGGAAGGACAAGGAGACCAAGAUGUCUUCUGCUGACCAAGAUAGGAAAUUUAAAUGACUGACAUUCAGUCUUUUUUAAUAGGAUGAACUGCCUUGUGGCAUCUUCCUGCAUGUUUCAUAAGAAAAUGUGAGUUUUUUUUCAAAGAAGCAAAGAAUAGAAGAAAAUUUUAUGUAUACGUACGAGAUGUUAUGUUGCAACAUCUUUAACUGUUUACUUUGUUGAGGUGAAGUAAGGCGUUUGUGUAUGUCUUUUCUCACCGACGCUCUUUUUCAAAUGACUUUAUUGAUCAUUUAACCAAAUGUACCAUCAGAUAUACUACACAGGCAAGACAGACAGAACCACAGCAGAUGGGCCUCAGACCAUCCACUGAUACACAGAAACCAAGUCAGUUUUUUUUUCUUAAAAGUAAGAAAAUUAGUAAGGCCUCCACAAUGUCACCUAAUUAAAUAUUUUUUAUAACACAACGAUCUAUUAUUUUCUUUUUAUAUAUAUUUUUUUAUUAUUGCCGGUGGUUUGAUAAUUUAGCCAUAGCUUCUGAAAUAAAAUAUAA